AAAAAAUAAACAAUUCUAUAAUAAAAUUUCAAGUUAACAUACGCUUUUCCCAAACAAAAUCAUGUCUCAUCAAGGCUUUUCGGACGAGGAUGAUAUCAUUAAACUGGAUGCUAUAAACGAUGCAUUUAAAUGCGAAAAGUCCGGGCAUAUUAUGGAGGCCAUAUUGCUCUAUGAGGAAGGCAUUUACAAGCUCAACCAACUGGCCAGCUCUGAUCCCAACAAACAACAGUUCUACGUCAAGCAGCUAAGAAUGUUUGAGUCGCGUUCGAAGCAACUGCGUGACCAGGUCAAGACACAUCUGCACGGUAGCAAGCUAAUAGAUCACAUUGUUAUUGAAAGAGAUGCGCGUGGUCGCAGUUACCAGCGACUCUUCGGACUCUAUUUGAAUGAUAAUGUGCGUGAGGCCCAUUUGAAUGAACCACAUUUGAGCGAGCAGCAUCAGUUCAAGAAUCUGGUUAACUUCUUUGAGGUGCUGGUCAAGAAUUGUCGCUAUCUAAAGUAUAUACGCGUGACAACACGGCCGGAUCAGGUGUUGCCCAAGAAUCAGCUGCAUAUGCUGCAACAGAUACGCGCCGAUUUGGCCACGGGUAAUAUACAUAUGAAUUUUCAGCUAGACGAGACGCUGCAUGAUCGCAAAAUUGUGCUCAGCUCGGGCGUUGUUAUUAAAAUUGGGCGUGGCCUGCAUUACUUUGAGCCCACGGAGCAUUUGCAUGCGCUGGGACUAUGCGACUAUGAUUUUCGCAAAUGUCUGGCCACCGAGGUUGAUGUUUGGCAAUGUCGUGCCUUUGCCAAGGCGCCCAGGGACUCACAUGACUACAAGCCACCGCCAAAGGAUGUAGAAGAGGGUGCCUACUCCAGCGACUAAAUGAAACUCUGUUGAUGAGGAGUCGAUUAUACGAAUAAGGAGCACAAUUUUGGAUAAAACAAUAUGCUUGUAAAUUCAUUAACUUAAAUUGUUGGUAGAGUGCAAAUAAUAAAAAGAAAUAU